UGCACGGUAAGAUGCGAGAGAAGACCCUGACGAUGGACACCCUGAACCCGCAGGUGAAGGCUGUGGAGUACGCCGUGAGAGGACCCAUCGUUAUCAAAGCUGGAGAGAUUGAGAGAUGCUUGGAGGAGGGUGGAACAAAACCCUUCUCUGAGGUCAUCAAAGCCAAUAUUGGUGAUGCUCAUGCCAUGGGACAGCAACCAAUCACCUUCCUCAGACAGGUGGUUGCUCUCUGCACAUUCCCUGAGCUAAUGGAAAGCCCUAGUUUCCCAGAGGAUGCAAAAUGGAGAGCACGGCGUAUCCUGCAGGGCUGCGGAGGUCACAGUCUGGGGUCAUAUAGUGCAAGUGCUGGUGUGGAGUACAUUCGUAAAGACAUCGCUGCAUACAUAGAGCAAAGAGAUGAGGGAGUUCCUUCAAACUGGGAAGACAUUUACCUCACCACUGGAGCUAGUGAUGGCAUAAUGACUAUUCUGCGGCUGCUGGUUUCUGGGAAAGACUCUUCUCGGACUGGUGUAAUGAUCCCCAUUCCUCAGUACCCGCUUUACUCUGCCGCAAUCUCAGAGAUGGAUGCUGUUCAGGUCAACUACUACUUGGAUGAGGACAACUGCUGGGCCCUGGACAUCAAUGAACUUCACAGAGCCUAUCAGGCUGCCAAACAGCACUGCCAGCCCCGAGUCAUCUGCAUCAUUAACCCUGGCAAUCCUACGGGUCAGGUUCAGAGUAAAAAAUGCAUUGAAGAAGUCUUGCACUUUGCUUAUGAGGAGAACCUCUUUGUGAUGUCAGAUGAGGUGUAUCAGGACAAUGUGUAUGCUCCAGAUUGUCAGUUCCACUCCUUUAAGAAGGUGCUAUACGAGAUGGGUCCUGAGUACUACAACAGUGUGGAGCUCGCUUCUUUCCAUUCCACUUCCAAAGGCUACACAGGAGAGUGUGGCUUCAGAGGAGGUUAUAUGGAGGUGAUCAACAUGGAUCCUGAGGUCAAGGCGCAGCUGGUGAAGCUCUUAUCCGUUCGACUGUGUCCACCCUUGUCUGGCCAGGCUGCAAUGGAUGUCAUUGUCAACCCUCCUCAACCAGACGAGCACUCAUACCAACAGUUCCACCAGGAGAAGUCAUCGGUGCUGGGUGCUUUAGCAGAAAAAGCUAAGCUAACUGAGGAGAUCCUGAAUGCAGUUCCAGGAAUUAAGUGUAAUCCCGUCCAGGGGGCCAUGUAUGCCUUCCCUCGCAUCUUUAUCCCCCCUAAAGCUAUGGAAGAGGCUAAGACUCUAGGAAUGCAGCCUGACAUGUUGUACUGUCUGAGGCUGUUGGAGGAGACGGGCAUCUGUGUUGUUCCUGGUAGUGGUUUUGGCCAGAAAGAUGGAACCUAUCACUUCAGAAUGACAAUCCUGCCAUCCAAGGAAAAGCUGAAGGUACUACUAGGCAAACUGCGAGACUUCCACGUCAGUUUCCUGAAGGAGUAUUCUGCUCUGGAGUAGCUGCACACAUGUAGAAAACCUGCUUAACACACUAAUUGCUCAUUUAAACUGUAAAGAUAGCGUUGAGUAUCAUGCCUUUUUUUAUUUAUUUAUUUUUUUAGAUAAUUGAAAUUUUAAAGAUAACUUAAGCCUAGAAUUACAGCCUUGUUUACUAAUAUUUUGGGGGAAUGCUUUCUAGGUGUGUUUUGGGGAAGAAUUAGCAGUUUAUUCAUAAUUGAUGAAUGUUUACUUUUUACUUUUAUUAAGAAAGAAAUGGGUCAUAGGAACAUUUUUAUUUAUUUAUUUCUUCUCAAA